GCCGCGGUCCCGGGCGGGGGAUCGGCGCGGGCCCGCGAGAUGCCGGUGUCGCCGGCCCGAGCGGCUACAGCUGCAGCGGCGCGGGAGGCGGCAGCGGGGCCGGGAAGGGGGGCUACGCGUGGGGCCGGCGCGUAGCCGGGACUAUGGAGGGACAGAGCGGCCGCUGCAAGAUCGUGGUGGUGGGGGACGCGGAGUGCGGCAAGACGGCGCUGCUGCAGGUGUUCGCCAAGGACGCCUACCCCGGGAGUUAUGUCCCCACCGUGUUUGAGAACUACACCGCGAGCUUUGAGAUCGACAAGCGCCGCAUUGAGCUCAACAUGUGGGACACUUCAGGAGAAAAGAAAAUCAAUCCAACGCUUAAAGCCAGGAAAACUGAGGCAGACCUGGUGGAGACUCAGAAACCUUGUCCUGAAGAAGAAAGCCCAGUAUCAGCUGGACUCUGCCUCCGUGGGAAAGUUGGGAAGGAAUGGCUUCCAUCUGGAAGGUUCUUCUUACUAUGAUAACGUCCGGCCACUGGCCUAUCCUGAUUCAGAUGCUGUGCUCAUCUGCUUCGACAUUAGUCGGCCAGAAACACUGGACAGUGUCCUCAAGAAGUGGCAAGGUGAGACUCAGGAGUUUUGCCCCAAUGCCAAGGUUGUGCUGGUUGGCUGUAAACUGGACAUGCGGACUGACCUGGCCACACUGAGGGAGCUGUCCAAGCAGAGGCUUAUCCCUGUUACACAUGAGCAGGGCACUGUGCUGGCCAAGCAGGUGGGGGCUGUGUCCUACGUGGAGUGCUCCUCCCGGUCCUCUGAGCGCAGUGUCAGGGACGUCUUCCACGUGGCCACAGUGGCCUCCCUUGGCCGUGGCCAUAGGCAGCUGCGCCGCACUGACUCACGCCGGGGACUGCAGCGAUCCACCCAGCUGGGAGGACGGCCGGACCGGGGCAACGGGAAUGAGGGUGAAAUACACAAGGACCGAGCCAAGAGCUGCAAUCUCAUGACCCUGUCCUAGUACAUCUCAGCCAGUCUUAAGGAUUCUGGGACAGCGUCGAGGGCACUGGGCAUCCCAUCCUCUCAAACAGACCUGGUUAAGGGUUAACCCCAGACCCUCCUAAAAGACCCUGAGGGUGUUUGAGAGGACUGGGUCUCAGCUAAGUGGCUCUCAUUAUGGUCUGGAAGGACUGACCCUUCCCCUUCAGGGACCUGCCUUACCAUGUAUUUGGAAUUUUUGGCCAUGGCUUCUCUUCUCCACCUUGGACUUUUGUACAAAGCAGACGCAGGCCUGUAGCCGCCAAAGUGCAGCGUGUCUGCACCCCCUGUCCCCCCCAUCUUUUCCCAACCUCCCUCUCCUGCCGCGCUCUGGGAAUGCAAGCGCAUUUCAAUAUCCGCCUAAAGCAAACAUAAUUAGGAAGAUAAAUCAGCUGGAGGAACCCCCAAAGUUUAAUACAUUUCCAAUACCACCGGCAACAUAUUUUGGUCCCCUCUGCAGAUCUGAGUUGCCAGACGUUUUCUUUCCAUGGAGGGGGCUGUGCCUCUGGGCUGAGGAGCCCAAUGGGUGGGAGGAAGAGAAUGGAGCUGUUUUUAGAUCCUCAAAGGCCACUGCAGUCAGGUGGGAGGGGACCCUUACCUCCACCCCCACCCCAGAUGCCAGAGUAAGACCCAGCUUCCUCUUCUGCAGCUGUUUCCCCACAA